AUUCACUGUGAAUUAAAUAAAAGGGGUUUAUCAGGACUCGGACUAGACUUCGUGCUGCUGGCGAAGCCUAGGUCAAAAUGAAUCAGUUUCGAUUUGUGUGGAGAAUUCUGGGAGUUGAAGUCCACCCUUCUUAAAGUACGCAAGGUUGGGAAACGCAGAGAAGUCUAGGAUACAUUGGGAAGACAACAUUGUGUGUGCUUUUCUGAAGUUGCUUUGUCCUUUUUUUUUUGUCCCCUCCUCCAGUUCUUCCUGUGCUCCGUCUAUGUCCCCAUGUGCACCGAGCAAAUCAACAUCCCGAUCGGCCCCUGCAGUGGCAUGUGCCUCUCCGUCAAAAGGCGAUGCGAGCCGGUCCUGAAAGAAUUUGGCUUCUCCUGGCCAGAAAACCUGAACUGCAGCAAAUUCCCACCACACAACGACCACAAUCACAUGUGCAUGGAGGGGCCGGGAGACGAAGACGUCCCCCUUCACAGCAAGGCCCCCUUGCACCCCGGCGAGGAAUGCCAGAGCGUCGGGUCAAACUCGGACCAGUACAUUUGGGUCCGGAGAAGCUUGACGUGCGUCCUCAAGUGUGGCUACGACGCUGGCCUCUACAGCCGGUCCGCCAAGGCAUUCACCGACAUCUGGAUGGCCGUGUGGGCGAGCCUGUGUUUCAUUUCCACCGCCUUCACAGUCUUGACCUUCCUGAUUGAUUCCACUCGGUUUUCCUAUCCGGAGCGGCCCAUCAUAUUCCUGAGCAUGUGCUACAAUAUUUAUAGCAUCGCUUAUAUUGUCCGGCUGACCGUAGGCCGAGAAAGGAUUUCCUGUGACUUCGACGAAGCCGUAGAACCUGUUCUCAUCCAGGAGGGGCUGAAGAACACCGGAUGCGCCAUCAUUUUUUUGCUGAUGUACUUUUUCGGCAUGGCCAGCUCCAUCUGGUGGGUGAUCCUCACCCUCACGUGGUUCCUGGCCGCCGGGCUCAAGUGGGGCCACGAGGCCAUCGAGAUGCACAGCUCGUAUUUCCACAUUGCCGCCUGGGCUAUCCCCGCCGUGAAGACCAUCGUCAUCCUGAUCAUGAGGUUGGUUGACGCCGACGAGCUGACGGGACUGUGCUACGUGGGCAACCAGAACCUCGACGCCUUGACUGGCUUUGUGGUGGCCCCCCUUUUCACCUACUUGGUCAUCGGCACCCUCUUCAUCGCGGCUGGCUUGGUGGCUUUGUUUAAGAUCCGGUCCAACCUCCAAAAGGACGGGACCAAAACGGACAAGCUGGAGAGGUUGAUGGUGAAGAUUGGCGUGUUCUCCGUGCUUUACACAGUGCCGGCAACUUGCGUCAUUGCCUGUUACUUUUAUGAGAUCUCCAACUGGGGAAUCUUCCGCUACUCUGCGGACGCCUCCAACAUGGCUGUGGAGAUGCUCAAGAUUUUCAUGUCCCUGCUUGUAGGCAUCACGUCUGGCAUGUGGAUUUGGUCGGCCAAGACGCUACACACUUGGCAAAAGUGCUCCAAUAGACUGGUGAAUUCGGGGAGGGUUAAAGCGGGGGCGAACAGGGCGGCGGACGGGUGGAUGAAGCCCGGGAAAGGGAACGAGGACAGUGGUAUAAAGAAAGGACAGGGACCAACAAAUUCUAUUUCCUUCACCUCCCCAGUGCAGGAGGAGCUGGCGGGAUAG